GCUGUCACUCCCAGGCGGUUUCCCUGAAGACAGGGCUCUGCUGGGGGCGGGAGGAAGAGGGGCCGGACUGGGGCCUGAAGAGCCUUCGCUGAAGCCGCCGUUUUCGCGGCUGCUAUGAUCAGCGGGCUAGGCGCCCUCCGCAGUUCCGCGCAGCGCUAGUCGCGGCCGUGCGCUCGCCGUCGCCGUUUGGGUCCCCAGUGCGGCCGCUCCGGCGGCUCCCUCGGCUCUUCCAAGGCUAGGCGAGGCGGAGUCAGGAUGAAGAUGACUGUGGAUUUCGAGGAGUGUCUGAAGGACUCUCCCCGCUUCAGGGCUGCUUUGGAAGAAGUAGAAGGAGAUGUGGCCGAAUUGGAACUGAAACUGGAUAAGCUUGUGAAACUUUGUAUUGCAAUGAUUGAUACUGGAAAAGCCUUUUGUGUUGCAAAUAAACAGUUCAUGAAUGGGAUUCGGGACCUGGCACAGUAUUCUAGCAAUGAUGCUGUAGUUGAGACAAGUUUGACCAAGUUUUCUGACAGUCUUCAAGAAAUGAUAAAUUUUCACACAAUCCUAUUUGACCAAACUCAGAGAUCAAUUAAGGCACAGCUUCAGAACUUUGUUAAAGAAGAUCUUAGAAAAUUCAAAGAUGCCAAGAAGCAGUUUGAAAAAGUCAGUGAAGAAAAAGAAAAUGCAUUAGUGAAAAAUGCUCAAGUACAAAGAAACAAACAGCAUGAAGUUGAAGAAGCCACAAACAUUCUGACAGCAACAAGAAAAUGUUUUCGACACAUUGCCCUUGAUUACGUACUGCAGAUUAAUGUUCUUCAAUCAAAAAGGAGAUCUGAAAUCCUAAAAUCAAUGCUAUCCUUUAUGUAUGCACAUUUGGCCUUCUUUCAUCAAGGAUAUGAUCUAUUUAGUGAACUUGGGCCCUACAUGAAGGAUCUUGGUGCACAGUUGGAUCGACUGGUUGUGGAUGCAGCAAAGGAGAAAAGGGAGAUGGAGCAAAAACAUUCCACAAUUCAACAAAAGGAUUUCUCCAGUGAUGAUUCUAAGUUAGAAUAUAAUGUAGAUGCUGCAAAUGGCAUUGUUAUGGAAGGAUAUCUGUUCAAACGAGCCAGCAAUGCCUUCAAAACUUGGAACAGGAAAAAGCCCGAUCAUACCAGACGCUGGUUUUCAAUACAGAACAAUCAGUUGGUUUACCAGAAAAAGUUUAAGGAUAAUCCCACUGUGGUGGUGGAGGACCUAAGGCUCUGCACAGUGAAACAUUGUGAAGACAUAGAACGGCGAUUCUGCUUUGAGGUGGUCUCUCCAACCAAAAGCUGUAUGCUUCAGGCAGAUUCUGAGAAACUACGCCAGGCAUGGAUCAAGGCUGUUCAGACCAGUAUUGCUACUGCUUAUAGAGAGAAGGGUGAUGAAUCAGAGAAGCUGGAUAAGAAAUCGUCUCCAUCCACAGGAAGCCUGGAUUCUGGAACUGAGUCAAAAGAUAAAUUAUUGAAAGGAGAAAGUGCACUGCAGCGAGUCCAGUGUAUCCCCGGCAAUGCCAGCUGUUGUGACUGUGGUCUGGCAGACCCACGGUGGGCCAGCAUCAACCUGGGCAUCACCCUGUGUAUCGAGUGUUCUGGGAUUCACCGGAGUCUUGGAGUUCAUUUUUCAAAAGUACGAUCUUUAACUUUGGACACCUGGGAGCCUGAGCUUUUAAAGCUUAUGUGUGAGUUGGGGAAUGAUGUUAUAAAUAGAGUUUAUGAAGCUAAUGUGGAAAAAAUGGGAGUAAAGAAACCACAACCAGGACAAAGACAGGAGAAAGAGGCAUAUAUCAGAGCAAAAUACGUGGAGAGGAAAUUUGUGGAUAAAUAUUCUAUAUCAUCAUCACCUCCUGAGCAGGAAAAAAAGAUUGUCUCCAAAAGUAGUGAAGAAAAGAGGCUGAGCAUUUCUAAACUUGGACCAAGUGAACAAGUCAGAGCAUUUCCCCAAAGUUCAGUCAAAAGUAAUGACAGUGGAAUCCAGCAGAGCUCUGAUGAUGGAAGAGAAUCUUUACCUUCCACGGUGUCAACGAAUAGUUUAUAUGAGCCUGAGGGAGAAAGGCAAGAUUCUUCUGUGUUUCUCGACUCUAAACAUCUUAAUCCAGGACUCCAGCUUUAUAGGGCUUCAUAUGAAAAAAAUCUUCCUAAAAUGGCUGAAGCUUUGGCUCAUGGCGCUGAUGUGAACUGGGCUAAUUCCGAGGAAAACAAAGCAACACCACUUAUUCAGGCUGUAUUAGGGGGCUCUUUGGUGACAUGCGAGUUUCUCCUACAGAAUGGUGCUAAUGUGAACCAAAGAGAUGUGCAAGGGCGGGGACCACUGCACCACGCCACCGUCUUAGGGCACACGGGGCAGGUAUGUUUAUUCCUAAAACGAGGUGCCAAUCAACAUGCCACUGAUGAAGAAGGGAAGGACCCUUUGAGUAUAGCUGUAGAAGCAGCCAACGCAGAUAUAGUGACCUUGUUACGUUUAGCAAGAAUGAAUGAAGAGAUGCGGGAAUCAGAAGGACUUUAUGGACAGCCAGGUGAUGAAACUUACCAGGACAUUUUUCGUGAUUUCUCCCAAAUGGCGUCCAAUAAUCCAGAGAAACUAAACCGUUUCCAGCAAGAUUCACAGAAAUUUUGAAUUUUUUUAAGAAGGGGAAAAUAGUAAAUCUGGUUACUCCCUAAAGUAUACAUCUGAAAACUCACAGAUUUUUACUGUUUCAGUGUCUACUUAAUUUUAGUAGAUACUGAGUGGUUUGAAAAAAAGGUGCCCAUUCAUUGAUAUUUUUAUAAAUCAAAACAUAGAGCUCGAAUAGUUGGGAGAGGAACCUACCUUAAGACUUGGCUUAUUUUUUUUUUAAUAUCUGUUUAAAGGUCUAUUUUUUACAGAUAAAAGUUGAAUCUAGACUUAGCCCAUCUCUAGGUUGCAAGAUGGUAAGAGUUUAGACAGAUCUCUCUUUGCCAGUGGGUGAUAGCAUUGAUUUUUUUGUUGUUGUUCUGAGCACUGUGCCCAGGGUCGUUCCUUCAAGUACAUUUGCAUCACAUGGGAGCCUGAUGUCCUACAUGGCUGAAGAGUAUGUCUUUGCUUUAGCUCCCUGAUGUUGGUGGUUCAGAAAUAGCUUUUUUGUUUUUUGGUUGCCUAGCUAUCAUAUACAUAUUAUGUAAUUUAACUGUUAGAGCUAGAGAAUAUGUGUCCCCUACUUGUUCGUAAAUGCAGUACUCAGUUAUUGUCCAGUGCUUUAACAUGCGUAUAAUGACUGUACAGAUUGACAUAACUCAGUUCUUUAGAUUUAUUCCAUUUUAUGAAGCAAAAAGAAGCCCUUAGCAUUUUUUUUUUUUUAAAUUACCAGAAGACUCUCAUAGAAGUUGUAGUUCUCUAUUGUUGGGUUGAUUCCUUAAAAUCUUGACAAACUUAUUGAUGUAAUAAAACUGUGUUUCAAAGGUUACUUGAAUGUUGCAAAAUUAUGCUUUCAUCAGAUUAUAACCAUCAAAGGAAAUGUUGAUUUAUAAGAUAAUGUGGAACAUUUUUAUAUUUGAAAUUUGUCCUUUUCAAGAUAGAUUUUUGUUACUGCUUCUAGUGAAAGGAAAAUCUCCAUAAAAGGAGGGGGAAAAAAACCUGUUUUUUAGUUUAUCCUAAAAUAUAUGGCAAUAAAUUGCUUUUUAAUUUUUCUAAUUUCUACCCUGUGUACUCAUACACAGUAUAUACUUUUUUAAAUUAUAGCAUCUAUAUUGCUUUAGUAUUUAGUUACAUGAGUCAUAGACCCUUGAGUUUUAAACUAUUAUGAAUAUACUAAUUUUCCAUGUUUAUAUUACAGAUUAGUCUGAUUGACACAGCUUGUCAGAAGUAUAAAAUAAUUUGCCUUAUGGUUUCUUUCUAAUAUUGUCAGCAAUUAAGUUUAAUUGUCUUUUCCAUGUUACAUGUAAUAUUACUGAUACUCAGUUUCUAAAUAAGAGAGGUUUUAAAACUUGAGUUAUCAGAUAAGUGGAGAAAUUAUAUUGGGUGGAUAAUAAAUUUUCCAACAUUUUCCAAUGAGAAGUAAGUAGAAUUUUCUAAGUUGAUUGACCUUCAAAUCAGAAUUUGUCUACACAUGAGUUAUACUAAAAUAAAUUCACAUCACAGAAAAGGUUCCAUAUUUGGCCAAAUUGCCUGCAUGUGAUGCUUAGUUAAUAAUAAUCACUGUGCAUUAGAUCAGGAUAAAAAUAUAUUUAAGGAUUAUUUCUAAGGCAGUGCUAACUGUCAAAGCCUUGUAUGUUAACUACAACAAUAACAGAAACAUUAAAUCUUUGCUGAUUCACCUCAGAGUCACAGAUCACCUGACUGCAAAAGUUGGAUUUGUAUAAUUUUUAUUAGUGUACCUUGAAAUUAAUUGUCUGAAAGCUCAAGGAUAAGGAGAUCUGUUGAGAAAAGAAAGAAAGAAGGAGAAAAGGGAAGAAAAGGAAAAGUCCCACUUUUCCUUUGUGGUGUCUCUUUCCUGUUUUGACCCUAGGACUUCAGCUGACCUUUACCUGAGGCAGUUUUUCUUUUGGAUCCAGCCUUUGGUCUUCAGGGCACUUUUGGGAUCUCUAGUUGUGAAAGCAGUUCUUUAUGACACUCUUAACAUCUGUGGCUUCAGUCAUGAGUUGUUAAUGUGGCAGUAAUUAGUGUCUACUUAAAUUUAGUAAUUAGAGAUGUACUCACAGUUCACUAAAGAUGAUCAAUGAUCAUGGUUCUAAAUAUCUUCAGAGAAAGUGAAAUCUUUAAGAGUACAAGGGUACCUGUACAUACAAAAAUACAUUGCUGUGGCUUGAUUUCUUGAAGGUGCCAAGACUCAACUUGCAUUAAAUUUGGCAGAAAUGAUUCAGUAGUAUAACAGCAAGGCUUUAAAGUAAAUUAAUGGUUACAAGUAGUUACAGAGUAGCUUGGUUCUUAACCAAGGUGAAUUUAGCUGUGUCAACUAAUAGCUUUUCUAUAGUAUGUAACAAAUCUGAGUUUUCCUAUGCUGUGAAUUAUUAAAUACAAUAUGAUAUAUUAUAGUGUAAAGAAUGUUAGUCAUACUCUUGGACUUCAUAAGUAAGUUCAUUUGUCCUUUGUUUUCUUACUCUAACUGAUCAGCUGGUAUUAGUUUAGGAUUCCUUAUCAUUCCAUCAACUCAUUAUAAUUAGCUCAUUAACUUAAAAAUUAGAUUAAUCUCAAAAUAAGAAUAGCAGUACUCUGAGGAAUUCAUAAAAUGCAAUUUCAUGUUAGAACUAGACUAAAGGUAAUUGCAUGGUUAUUUGCAAUUUUUCAUUAUAACACUUACAUGUUUACGAUUUCUAAGGUUUUGCCUUUGGUACAGUCCUUAGGAAUUUAGAAGUUUCCAGGGAUUCACUACAUUACAGUGUUCGCCUAAUUGAUACUGGUCUUCACUGUGGAUUUUAAUGAACUUUAGUGUUUACUUUCUAAAACAUAUAGAUUGCACUUGGAAUGUUACUUUGGUUCUUCAUGAAUGCAUUUUGUGAAAAAAAAAUGAUACUUUCACAGUCUGAGCAACUUGUUUGUGACGUGUUAAGCAAUAUUUAAAAAAAUAUAAUUUUACACAUGUAAAGUGUAGUCAUAAUAAGCCAAAUUGUAUUUAAGACUAAAUUUACUGUCCAUUUUGAAUAAGACAUUCCCACAUUACUUUUAUAUCGUCAGAUUAACUCUUCUGUUUGAUAGCACUUUCCCCUGUGGACAUGAGCUGGAAAAAUGAUAUAUUUUUAUAGGAUUGUUUGUCCAGAAUGACUUCAGAUAUGCAUGAUAUAGUGGAAAGAGCACUGGCUAGUAAUUUCUACGCUUUUUGGAUUCAGAGCUCCUCACAAAAGGGAAAAAUGAGGGGGCGGAACAAGGUGAAACUAUAACAACAUCCCCUUGUGUACUGUUCCGCUGCUCACAGCGUACUCUGGCAUUACUUUCUCUCUCAGGAUUCUCACGGUAGGACUUCUGAGAUCUUAAUCAAGGAGUGCCAGCAUUGUCUCUUCUUUGAUCCUGGGCUGCGCCUCAUGUUUUACAGAGGGGGUCUCUGCUUUGUCCAUUGAUGGCAUAGCUGACACCAGAACCCCUGUACGGCUGACUGCUAGUCAGAGGCACUUUACUCAUAUCAUGGAAUGAUUUGAAAUCUUUGUAAAGCAGCAAAAUCUGAUAAUGACUGCCAGCUUUCCUUGUAUACUCCAAGUAUUCCGGAGAACCUGGAUAUAAGAUUACUUUGAAGGAAUAGAUUAGGAUUUGAAGACAUUACAGUGUAGGGAAUUUUAUAUUUGUGUAGUAACAAACAUUAAUCAAGGUAAAACGUUGUAAAAGUAGUUUUAAUUCACCUUAGGUUUUAUUAGUGUCUUGAUGCUUCUAAAUGAAGACAACUAAAAGGGGCACCAGUUUGUUUGGCUAAAUCCUGACAUCUAAAAAUACAGAUUUGUGGGCAUCUUUUUCUGUUCACAUAAAUUUAUUGACUAAAAUGAGAUAAUGGGGAGGGGGAAGCAAGGUUCGAUUAAAUAAAAUUUUCUCUGCAUUGGUCUUUUCCCUAUCUUAUCUAGAUUUUCUUAUUUUUCCUCACCAUGCCUCCCACUUUUUGGGUGUUAAUUUUAAACAGGGAAAGCUCGCUACAUUACAAAGGAUGUUGGCACCACUUAUUUUACACAAAGGCUAAAGGUUGACUUUUGGAAAUGAUGAGCUACUUUUCCAUAUGUGUUUACUUGUGCUUUGUGAUAUUUCUGGAUCAUUCCAGUCAUAAAGACUUAUUACAUGUAAUAUUUCUUGCUACUUGUGAAAAGGUGUAUUUUUAAAGAAUGUAUAACCAACAAUCCAUUUACUUUUUAUUAGUAUGUAGAGAAUUUAUUUGUAUCUAAUUCAUGAAUGUAGUUUUACUAUAGGAUGUCAUUGUAAAUGGAGCAAAGUACAUUAUCUUUAUAGUUAUUCUAAAAUGUACAUUAUGUAAGAAUUGUAAAUAUUACACCUGAUUAAAUACUUUGUAUACUGAGAAAUUAUGUCAAGUCAAUAAAAUCUCACCUCUGGCACAGUU